CUUGACCCUGAUGGCGGCUGCUUUGCCUCCGGAGUGGUUGGAAGAGGAGCUAACGUGCCCCGUCUGCCUCCAGAUCUACGCCGACCCGGUGAUACUGAACUGUAAACACAGCUUUUGCCGAGCUUGUAUUGAGGAGUCCUGGAAAGAGCCAGAAUCUGGCACUUACUCCUGCCCAGAAUGCAGAGCCAAUUACAGAGAGAGGCCUGCACUGAAAAGGAAUUUCAAACUGGCAAACAUAGCUCUGAAAUACCAGGCAGUGAAUGGAACUCCAGUAGCUUUACCCUGUAACUACUGCAGUAAGAAAAAACUAACAGCUGUCAAAACCUGCCUGAAAUGUGAGGCCUCUAUGUGCCCCAAGCACCUCAAACAUCACAGGGAAAACGCUGUGUUUAAAAACCACCCCCUCAUUGAUCCCACUGCAGACAUGUCUACAUGGAAGUGCAUAGAGCACAAGAAACUGUUGGAGAUUUACUGUAAGGACGACAAAGUGUGUAUCUGCUGUCUCUGCCCUGUCGUGGGGAAACACAAGAACCAUAAUUGUGUCAGUAUCGGUGAGGGGGAACAGGAACUGCGGGACCACUUGCAGCAGCAAAUCGAAAAAGUCCGAACAAAUACAACCUCAAUCCAAGCUGCUCUUGACCAUCUCCAAACACAGAAGGAAAGUACCCAGACUCUGAUCAGAGAAACCAAACUCCAGAUUCAGGAGAAGUGUAACGCAGUACGGAAGUAUUUUGAGAAUGAAGAGAAAGAAGCUUGUAAAUACCUGGACAAGGUUCAGAGGCAUGUGACCAGGGAAAUCGAUGCGCAGAUACUUGAACUGGAAAACAAAAUGGAAGACUUUGAGAAGAAUUUGUCUGAUUUCAGUGAUCUUUUAACGAAGAACGAAAAGCUUAUUUUUAUACAGGGAUUUAAUUCAAUGGCAUUGAGAAUAAAAGCAGCAUCUGAACCACUAGCCCCACAGCCACCACCGCCUGAUGUCAACAGAAUAACAGCGGAUAAGAUAAACUGGGUACAGAAACAGUAUGAAGUCGUUUCCCAACUCGAGAGGGAUCGGGACAUAAUAGCAACUGUGUAUGGACAGACACCGACUUUGGAUGUGGAGACUGCUCAUCGCAGUGUCAUUCUGUCAGGCGAUAAGAGGGUCGCGACUGGGACCCAGUACAGACAGCCCUAUCCUGCUAACCGCAAGAGAUUUGACGCCUGGGGUCAGGUGCUGUGCUCCGAGGGAGUCAACAGUGGCCGCUGUUACUGGGAGGUGGAGAUUGCCGGAGUCCGUGGCAAAUGGGCAAUUGGGGUCUGUUACGGUAGCGUAAAGCGAAAGGGUCGGGAUAAAGAAAGUGUGCUGGGGGAGAGCAGUAAGUCAUGGAUUGUGUGCUCCGAGAGUAAUAAUAAUUUGUGGAGUUACUUAUCAAGGUCCAGCUCUGUUUCAGCCCAGCACGAUGGUAAUACCACAGACCUAGCUGUCCGAAUAUCCUCUAAGGUGGGAGUGUUUGUGGAUUUUGAUGCUGGAAUAAUCUCCUUUUACAGUGUAUCAGGCAACAAGCUAAGCCUGAUAUGUACUUUCCAGCAACAGUCAUUCUCAGAGACUCUCUACCCAGCUCUGAGAGUUAGUGAUUGGAACACGUCUCUGACUCUGUGCUCUCUCAGCUGAUUCCUUUUUCGUCUUUUUUUAAGCUUUUAUUCUUUGAAUAGUUCCCCCACAAAAAGGAAGAACAUCAGUUGGAAUGAACCAAAGUUGCUCCUGUUAACAUUAUAACCCCAAAAUAUCUUGCUAAAUUCUUCUGGACUAGUUCACUGACUACUUAAAGUAGGUUCCUUCUACCUAGAAAGCCACAGCUGAGACCUUCACCCAGCAAUCAAUAAUGCUCCGGGAAAAGUUAGAGAAGAAAUUAGGAAAAUAUCCAAAAAUGGUGUUUGUUCAAGAAACAAAAUCCAGCUAAAUAUCCCUGCUUCGACAGAAAGAAGUGCACAAAUGGGGUUGAAAUUUGUUUUGGGUGGCAGUGAAGAAUAAGCAUUAAUUAAAUACUGUCACUCCACCACCAGUUUUCUAUUCCGUUAACUUCUUCCAUUUUGUACAGACAAGACAGAGUGGAGAUUGCCCAGAGAAUAUGAGUGUUGCUUUGGACUCUCAUUGCCACAAAUUUUAGUCGCAAAUUAAGUACUGUUUUCUGUAGCUUGAAGAGGGACUCAAAAUACCACCAGCAAUGUCAUCUUCCUGUUGAAUUCCUCUUUUCUGUCACUAUUCUUAUUCAGCCAGUCUCAGUUUCUAUUACACUUGGAAUGUGGGUUCUUUUUGAUGCUGACUAUAUUGAAGAAGGUUUUUUAUGCACUGUUAUUUAUCUAGUUUAAAAGGUUUCAUCUAGCUUUCAUUUUUUUCUCAUUCAGAGGGCUGGGGUAGACUCGAUGGGUCACAUGUCUUCCUCUAUGGUUCUAUAUCCAGAAAUACAGUUACACACAAUUGUAUUUUUUUUUCAUUUUCAAAUUUCCCAUUUUUUGUUACUAUUAACCAGCACCAGAAAACACUAGUGUUUUCCAGUUGAUUUAUUUACAUGCAGAACCUGUUAAGGGCAAUGCAGACCAUAAGGUGAGGGAAAGGCACCCUGUCUCUGUGCUUUGUUAAUUCCGUGAUAGGUCCCGCUUGAAAACAGCAAAUUGGACCCAAAAUUGGCCAUGAAAGGAAGUGGAGGGACAGCUGAAGUGUUUGUGACUGGAGGCUGAUAAAAGUGGGGUUUAUAGACACUUGCCAUUAACUCUGUUUCUCCCUCCACAGAUGCUGUGAGACCUGCUGAGUUUCUCCAACAUUUUCCGUUUUUGUUCCACAUUUCAAGCUGAUAUUAUUUCAGAGUUAGUUUGAGGAGACAAAAAUUAGCCAUGUGGUUCCUAUUAGGGGAGAGGUCUGCAAGACUGUUAAAUUUUGGUACCAUUAGGAUAUGUUGGUGAUUUUAUUCAGUAGACAUAACAGGAAAGUCCUAGUUUGAUCAUAUAUGUGUGCUAUUUUAGUAGAUUUCAACUGGAUCACAUUCAAUAAAAACCAAAGUUGGCCUCAGUGCCCAGAGAUGGAAAACGAUAAGGCAUCUCGGACUGAGACCUGGUUCUGUGAACGUUGUUAAACAGGAUUAGCAAGUCAGUGUUGCUACAUCUCACAUAUUAAAAAUCCUCCUGAUACUAAUAUAGACACUUGAGAGAGCUACUGGGAAAUGAUUUAUGGAAACAGUCUCUGCAAGGAGCCAGCACAUAAGGCUGAGGAGGUAAACUUUGAAGCAAAAAGAUUAAAUUCUUCAACCAAAUAUAAUGACUGCUCAGGCACUGGGUUAAUACUGGGUACAUUGAUAGAAACCUUCUGGCUGUAUUCACUGAGCGAAGGGGAGCAAAACAAUGUUAUUUUAACCCACUUAGGGGAACACUGGGGAUUGAUAUUUAGAUUUACUUUAUUGUGCAAAAGAAAUUGUGAGGCAUUCUGUCAAUUGAACAGCAGAGGGUAGUGUUGCCUUUGUAAAAGGAUGUUGUAACAUUCAAUAUUGCUGAUUCCCCCUGAAUUACACAGAGUAAUAGUCACUGAGACAGCUGGGAAGAGCAACCAAGCUGAAUGGCAAGGUGGGAUUUUCCACUCUUUUUCCUGCCUCAUCCCCUGAAAUAAAUUAGGUUCUACCUAAAUGCAGGGUAUAUGCUAGGCAGCAGCAGUAUUCCCAUUUGAAAGGAAGCAUUAACCUUUCUGAGUUGGGAAGGCCCUGUGCCACUUCUGUAUGUCAUCAGAGAAAAAUUCGAAUGAUGAUCUCCUGGGAUAUUAGGGAAUCCAGAAUACGUUGUAAAAAUUGAGCGCAUGGAUUUGGCACUUCAAGCUCCAGUGAUUUUGUUUGUAAUUACUGUGUUGAGUUUAUUAUGGAAAAACAAUGAAGGUAUUACAGAGUUUUGGGCUGCACCAGCUGCUUUCAAUUCCAUAUAAGUCACAUAACUCCAGCACCAUAAAUACUGAUUCAUAUGACUAACAUCCCUUGCUGUUUUUAACCAUGUUUAUGGCUUGGGUCAACACCUCAGGUUUAAGCUUCAAACUGAAAAAUUGAACCUGUUGAUCUGCUCUGUAUUAACUUUAUCUUUUGUCCUGCUGUCAGAAGGAUGUACAGUGCUGUUCCAGCAUAAAACUUUCAAUCUUG